UCCCUGGGUAAACAAGGCACAUUUGCCCAGGACUGUGUCAACAAGCUGGAGCAACCAUCAUCCGUUGACAAGACCAGUUCGACCCGACUUCCUCAUGGCCAAUGAAGGGGAGACAGUUUACGAUGCUUCAAAGGCUGAGAACGUUGUGACGAGGGUCACCAACCUGCCUUUGAUCAGCUCUGCCUACAGCCUCUGCUCCUCCUUGUACCACCAUGCCAAAGAGACCUAUCCCUGUGUCAACACCGCCUGCAACAUUGCCGAGCUGGUGGCUGCUGUGGCCAUGGGUGGGGCGCGAGGCGGGGCCCAACCUCUGCUCACCCAUCUUGAACCGCAGAUUGCCACGGUGAAUCAAUAUGCUUGCAAGGGGUUGGAUAAACUAGAAGAAAAAUUGCCGAUCCUUCAUCAACCAACUUACCAGGUCUUUGAAGAUGGUGUCACCUUGACCAAAGCAGUGGUUUCUUCUACCGUCAACGCAGCUAGUGGGGCCAAAGGCAUCAUGACCCAGAGAGUGGCUGAAGCUGUUGACCUUACCAAGGACAUUGUCCAGGACAGCAUUGCCUUGACCAAGUUGGUGGUGAAUUCCACUGUCAACACAGCUCUGAACGCCGCCAAUGAAGCCAAAGAGCUCGUGACCCACCGGGUGGCUGACGUGGUCAACCUGAGCAAAGAAACUGUCCAAGACAGCAUUGACCUUACUAGAUCGAUGGUGUCUUCCACAGUUAACACUGCCCAUCAAGUGCAGAGCUCUGGGCCUCUCCAGGAGGGUGUGGAGAUGGCAAGUUUCUUCAGGCAGGCCUUAGCCAGUGGAGUGGGUGCCAUGUUGGAUAAGACUGAGGAGAUGGUGGAUUACUACCUUCCUGUGCCAGAAGAAGAACUGGCCCAGCUGGCCAUGGAGGUGCAGGGCUUCACCUCAGCUUCGAUGGAGGAGCAGCAGAAAGAGCAGAGUUACUUCGUCCGCCUGGGGUCCCUGUCCAGCAAGGUCCGUUCUCGUGCCUACCAACAUUCCCUGAAGAGGCUUCAUCUCAUCCAGGAAAACACGCAGAACAUGCUCUCUCAGCUCCAGCUGGUGAUUAACCUGGUGGAACACCUGAAAGACAGUGCGGGGAGUCAGUUCCAGGAGGCACAGCAAAAACUGAACCAAAUUUUGCUCCGAUGGACCCAGAGGCAGCCAGAAGAGGAUCAGGAUGCAAGAGAAGACUCCCCGCAAGAGGUGGAGUUGGCUACUUUGGCAAUGUUAAGAGCCAUCACCCAAGACCUGGGCCCUGCUUACACCCGGCUCAUAUCCAGCGUCGAAGCGCUCCCCAGUAGCCUCCGUGAACGGGUGGACCAAGCUCGGGGGAACCUCUACCAACUCCACAGCUCCUUCUCUUCUGCUGGCUCCUUCAAGGAUUUGCCCUCCGGCCUCCUGACCCAGAGCCGGGACAAAAUCUCCCAAGCCCGGGAGGUCCUCGACAUGUUGGCGGACUACCUCGUCCAAAUGACACCUCUGAAUUGGAUCGUGGGGCCCUUCCGACCCCAGGCGGCUGCCCAGGGGGGAACGGGAAGCCCCCAGGAGGAGAGCAAGAUGGGGGAGCCGAGGAAGAUGGGCAAAGACAUCACAAUAUCCCCACCAGUGAGGGUGUCAGCCAAGAGGGUGAAAAGGAUGGAGAAGGCAGCAGAAGUGGACCGAAAAGAGACCACAGAGCCAAUCGAGGCCUUGAAGGAGCUGUUAGCGGGGUCUGAUGGGGCCCCCAAAUAGAAGAAAUAGGAGACAAGGGAGGCACAGGCCGUGCCAGUGGUCUAAAUUAAGUCUCCAGGGAUGUCCGCAGGGUGUGGUCAAAAGUGUCCAGGUGGUGGCCACAAUGGAGCUUCGAUUGCACCAUAGUGACCACCAUCUUGACUUUUUUGACCCCACCCUGCAGACGCUCUGAAAGUCCUGGCAAGUUGACAUAAAAGUUUCCCCAACUAUAACCUUCCCCCAGCCAGUGAUGCUGGAGACCUUCUCCCAAAAAACAGAAGAAGAAAAGACGAUUUCCCGCCGGGGAAAUCCAGUCUCUGCAAAAAGAGAAACAGAUUCCAGGAGGCUAAAAGCUUGCUGAGCGGGAGAUCUGCUCUGAUCCAUCCUUCUCCCCAAACCGACCCAGAUCUUCUUUCCAAGAGGUGUGGGGACCCAUUUAUUAAUUUCCAAAGGAGCCUUUCUUAGAGUCCUGCUUUAAUUCAGAACCGCAACAAAAAUAGGGGUCAGGAAUCAAAGCUGGGGGAAGAGCUGGUCAGGAUCUAUGUCCCUAGAUGGACUGGCUGGUAUUUACUUUGCACGUAUGUCAGAGAAACAAUUGCCUUUCUUUUCCCGUUUCUCUUGAGCGCAGCACGUUGCUAUGAUCUAACUGAGCAUCGCACCCAAUUUCAAGGAAGGAACUGGCGUCUCAGCAAGGAAUUAUAUUUCCUCCCACAGCCAAGCGUCUAGUCCUCAUUGGUACAGAGAUCACCUUGAAAAUAGGCAUAGGGGUGGGUGGGUGCGUCAAAAGCUUAAUGGCAAAGAUGGACUUAAAGAUGAUAUUUGAAGGUGGGAGGAAGAAGCGGUGGCAUGAUUUAACUCUCAGGGGAAAUUCAGAAUGAGUCAAGCUGAAUUUCCACGCAGCAAAGCUUUGAGCACUUCCUAUGGCUCCUUCUUUCGUGCCCAUUCUGUAGGAAAAUAAAUUUUUAAAAAGUG